UCCAGACAGUCUUUAACUGUGACCCCAGUCUGUUUCUCUUUAUAAAAUUACCAAAUGUUUCAAAUAAUCAAAAUGGUAUAUUUAGUGCAAUAUUUGAAUUGGCCUCCUCUUAAUCCUUGUGGGAAUUAACAAUGGAUGACACUCUGGUGUAUCAGCUUCAGGUUUUGUUAAAGGAACAGAAUCACAUGCAUACAGACGGCACCUUCUUCUUAAUCCUCUCUGUUAGUCUCUGUCCCAUCCUAAGACAGUGUCUGUCACUGGUGAUGCUCCUCCUGCUGGUCUAGAAAACACACAUGUGAUUGUGUUGUCACUCCACCUUCUCCAUCAGAUUCAUCGACAACAUGGGACCCAGCAACAAAACAGCAGUUUCCGAAUUCCUUCUUAUGCAAGUGACAGAGGAUCCAGAACUGAAGCCCUUUCUCUUUAUUCUGUUUCUGUCCAUAUGCCUGGUCACCAUCCUGGGAAACCUGCUCAUCAUCCUGGCCGUCAGCUCGGACUCCCACCUCCACACCCCCAUGUACUUCUUCCUCUCCAACCUGUCCCUUACUGACAUCUGUUUAAGCACAACCACGAUCCCAAAGAUGCUGGUGAACAUCCAGGCACAGAGUGAGAGCAUCACUUAUGCAGGCUGCCUCACCCAGAUCUACUUUGUCCUGGCUUUUGGUGGUUUGGAAAGUUUUCUUCUUGCGGCAAUGGCCUAUGAUCGCUAUGUGGCCAUUUGUCACCCACUGAGGUACACAGUCAUCAUGAACUCCCACUUCUGUGGCCUGCUGAUUCUAGUCUCCUUGUGCAUUAGCACUGUGGAUGCCCUGAUGCACAGUCUGAUGGUGUUGCAGCUGACCUUCUGCACAGAUGUCGAAAUCCCUCUCUUCUUCUGUGAAGUUGUUCAGGUCAUCAAGCUCGCCUGUUCUGACACCCUCGUCAAUAACAUCCUGAUAUAUUUUGCAACUAGCCUAUUCGGUGGUAUCCCUGUGUGUGGAAUCAUUUUCUCUUACACUCAGAUAGUGUCCUCUGUUUUGAGGAUGCCAUCCGUGGGCAGAAAGUAUAAAGCGUUUUCUACGUGUGGGUCUCACCUGUCAGUUGUGUCUUUGUUCUAUGGGACAGGUUUGGGGGUGUACAUUAGUUCUGCUUUUACUAACUCUUCCAGAAACACUGCGGUGCUUUCAGUGAUGUAUACUGUUGUCCCUCAAAUGAUGAACCCUUUCAUCUACAGCCUGAGGAACAGGGAUAUGAAGGGAGCCUUGAGAAAACUCGUAAGUAGGACACCUUCUCCUCUGUGA